CAAGACAGGGAGGAAUCACAAGACCGGAAGCGGAAAUAUAUAAAAAGUGUAGUGCACAAAAAUGAAUAAAAUAUUUCCAAAAAAACACACAGCUGGACUGAGACGUGCGCGUGAAAUCAUUUUCUUUUGCCAGAGCUGUUCACCAGGCCAGGAUGAACGACUUUGCCGUUUUGAACACAGGAAGGAAGAUGCCCCUCUUGGGACUUGGGACAUGGAAGAGUGAACCGGGAAAGGUGAAGCAAGCAGUAGUCUGGGCUUUGCAAUCUGGCUAUCGGCAUAUUGACUGCGCCGCAAUCUAUGGUAAUGAGUCAGAGAUCGGAGAAGCUUUGCAAGAGGCCCUUGGACCUGACAAAGGCCUGAGGAGGGAAGACGUGUUCAUCACAUCCAAGCUGUGGAACACACGCCACCACCCUGAGGAUGUGGAGCCAUCUCUGUUGAAAACCCUGAAGGACCUGAGGCUGGAGUAUCUGGACCUCUAUCUCAUCCACUGGCCCUAUGCCUUUCAACAGGGGGAUACGCCAUUUCCUAAGAGGGAGGAUGGCACCAUUCUCUAUGAUGACAUAGACUAUAAGCUCACAUGGGCUGCUAUGGAGAAACUGGUAGGAAAAGGUCUGGUGAGGGCCAUCGGGCUCUCUAACUUCAACAGCCGCCAGAUUGAUGACGUUCUUUCUGUGGCCAGCAUCAAACCCACUGUGCUUCAGGUGGAGGGCCACCCGUACUUGGCACAGGUGGAACUGCUUGCCCAUUGCAAGGAUAGGGGUUUAGUGAUGACCGCUUACAGCCCCCUUGGGUCACCUGAUCGAGCCUGGAAACACCCAGAUGAACCUGUGCUACUGGAGGAACCUGCUAUUGCCACUUUAGCCAAGAAAUACAACAAAUCUCCUGCACAAAUCAUUCUCAGAUGGCAGACCCAGAGAGGAGUUGUCACCAUUCCUAAGAGUGUGACAGAAUCACGUAUCAAAGAGAAUAUUCAGGUGUUUGACUUCACUCUUGAGACAGAAGAGAUGAGCAGUAUCACAGCACUGAAUAGAAACUGGCGCUACAUUGUUCCAACAAUAACAGUGGACGGGAAGCCAGUACCACGGGAUGCUGGACAUCCUCAUUACCCUUUCAAUGACCCAUAUUGACAUCCUUUGCUGAUAGCUGCUGUGCCUUGAAAACAACCUAUACCCCAUCCACCUGGUCCCCUUCUUCCUCAGAUGUAGCCUACUACACAAAAUAAAGUUUUUACUCUGUUCAGUCGG